AUGGAGAAUGAGGACUGGAGAAAUGAGAAUGUAGCCGAACUCUGUGGAUCUUAUUCUAUUACAGAUGGCGAUAUUGAAGGUCCCGGGUUGAGAGCCAGAUCUGCCUGCUCAAAUUCGAAAUUUUCGAUCGAUUGUGACGUCUACCGGCGUGGCAGUACGUCAGUUAACCCGGCUGAUGAGAGUCGAAUUAAGUUCAAUGUUCCAGAAACGUCUUCCGCAUCCUGUCGCGGGACUCUAGUUGAUACAGAUAGCGUUGGACGGGAUCGUGGCAGAUCCCAAGAUGAGGCUGGAAGCACAGUUUUCCUUAAUCAGACCUCAGUUAGACAAUCACAGGAGAAGACUGGAAGCCUUAACGAAGAACCCCCCUGCUCCUCAAGGCUCUCUACGACGCAACCUACAGGCAGUGGUCAGGGGUCUGAGCCGGAACUCAGGACAAACUGCCGAAUGGACAUUCCCGAAGCCACCAGGGUGACAGAGGCUCCCAACGAGGAACGUUUUUCUCGUCAGGUCUCCCUGAGUCAAUCUGACGUGAUGCCGCCACGCGGUUCAUCGCAAUCGAAAGUCCCCUGCCACACAAUCGACACGCCUCUCCGGUCAUCGAGCCAAAUGGAACUUGAGAUGACAAGCACAGCUCAGCCCGCGGAUGUUCAGUUGAUGGACAUUUUAGAUCGCGUAGGACACCUGGUGUGCACGUCAUCCCAACCAAAUUUCCUUCUUUCUGACGCCCUUGCCGUAGUCAAUGCCAGCCUUGUUGCCAGACAGAAAGCCAGGGCAGGUAUGAACAGCACAAGGUCAUCUUCAAGUCCAUUUGAGGACAAAAGCUGCUGCUUUCAACGCAGAAUACCAGACACGGUGACCCGAAAACGCUCCUCAGAUUACUUUAAGGUCUGGUGGUUGGAUAGUCCUGUGAAGAUGAAGCGUAGGAAGAAAAGACGGAGUAGGUCAAGAUUGGACAAGUACCUAAUAGCAGAGGAGAAGGCUGCAGCCCUGACGGCCAAGGCAGAGUCAAUAAAUUCUCAGUGUUGCUCUCCCCUGCUCACGCCCGUCCAACAACCAAUUAACUUUCUGGUAUUUCCACCUCCGCAGCCGUACGCUCAAACCGUUGGGUACCCGAUGUACGACCUCCGUUUCCAACCACCCUCUGUUUCCGUCCAAUCAGCGACGUCGGCAAAUCGGCCAUCUGUGUGGCCAGGACAACGGCAGACGACAGCGUCCUGGUUCACAGCACCACCGAGCUCAGACUGGUUCUCAGCCUUGGUUGGUGGUUAUGGAGGCCUCGGUGGCUACAACCCGCAACCACUUAGUCUGAGCACUCGAAACAGCGCCAAUAAAGGUGAAAAACGUGACAGCUCCAAUGAAGAGGAUGCGGAGUGA